AAACUAAAACAUUCGUUACAAGAAAGAACAGAAAAGUCCGACUCGGCGGUUCCGACCAAGAUGUCGCCGCAGCAAAUUGGCUUGCCAUGGCCCGAGCUCAACGAUGGUUUGACAUACAAAGAUGUCGUCUCUUCUUCUGACUCAGAGUUAACUACAGUGUCAGAUUUCUACUACACCAAGUACAAGGGCUCAGCUCCAUUGCUUGGGUGGAUUCAACGAAUCCAAAACGGACAGAUACAAGUUGAUGGGGAAGUUGAAAAAGAUCCCAACACACUCCUUAGGAGUGGUUCCAAGUUAGUUUACCAUAGGCUUCCUUGGAAGGAACCUGACACGCCACACUUGCUUGAUAUUUUGUAUCAAGACCAUGAUUUGAUAGCUUUAAACAAACCGUCUGGACUCCAAGUAUUGCCAGGAGGGCUUUUCCAGCAAAGAACUGUGUUGACGCAACUGCAAUGGUGUUUUGGUGAAUCACACCCUGUCCCUGUACAUCGACUUGGGAGAGGCACAUCAGGUAUACUUCUCUGUGCUAAGACAAAGCUUGCAAAAACUAAACUUUCAGCUUAUUUUGCUGAGGGGACAUCUCUUGUUGGGUCUGGCAACAUGGGUCAAGAGUGUGGAACCGUAAGAAAAAUAUCAAAGAUAUAUCGAACACUAGCGAGUGGUAUAGUAGAAGAAGACGAGGUAGUUAUCAAACAGCCUAUCGGGGUGGCUCGAUAUCCUGGCGUAGCAAAAGGAUUAUACGUUGCUUCUUCAGAAGGCAAACCUUCUUUCAGCAAAGUAAUCGUUUUGGAAAGGGACAGGCAGAGAGAUUGCACGCUGGUUAAGGUGGAGAUUCAGUCUGGAAGACCACAUCAAAUCCGGAUUCAUCUUGCAUUCAUUGGACAUCCCUUAGUAGGGGACCCACUUUAUGUUGCGGGAGGACAACCAAAGAGUGUUGAUCCAGAUCUUGUAGAUGCUACUACUACUCCUUUUGCUCAAGAUGGGGGUUACCGAAGACCCAACCAAGCUGUUCCUGGGGAUUGCGGAUAUCAUCUUCAUGCACAUGAAGUUGAGAUACCAAACCUGUUGGACACGCAUAAGGUUGUUAAAGUAGUGGCACCAUUACCACCAAUCCUCCAAACAAGUUACUUGGCAGAAGAAGAAGAAGAAAAAGGCCUUUCCUCGUUCAAAUUAAGUUGAAUUAGUCUCUUUCACCAGACAAGAUGGCUCCAGCAGGAAACCAAAUCAGCCUCCCCCUACUCUCUUCUCUUGUUGGAUUUCAAGAUCAUCCUGUUUACAACACAUGAAUCACAAAACUAAGAACCACAUUAGCUUCGUAUCAGAUGGUUUUGAAAAUUACAAAUUUGGCUACUGAUUUAUACCUGUUUUUUUUUUCUCAUUUGUUGCCCCAGUAUGUACAUUUUUUGUAUUUAACUUUUACCACAACAAUAACCAAUCAGUUUAAAACCA